AUGGCUCCCGCCACUGGCAAUAAACGCAAGCGGGGCGAUCGGUCGUGGUCUGGCGAUUGGAAUAACGAUGGCUCUCGGCCCUCUCCCCAUCGACCUGGUAAUUUGAACCUCGCUCAACACCAGCAGGGCCAGUAUUACAACCAGUCUCGGGAUGGAGGGGACAAUCGUGGACGGGGAGGUCGACGAGCGAGCAGAGGAAAUCGUAAUAAUAGGAGAGGAAGCGAUGGAUCUAAUUUCCAACAAAGGGACAGCCCGACAACAACAAAAGUUCCGCCUUUGACGCCGGAUGACCCCAGGAAUUCUCAGGUGCAAGGAUCGCCGCAAGCUACAGCCUCAACAUCGCCAUUGACACAGACUCCGGUGCUCAAGAAAUUGCCUCCUUCCUCUUAUGCUUACGAUUACUUAACCGACGACAGUCUCAAUUCCUGGAUUCCGUUAGGAAAACGGAAAGUUGUUGACGCCGCCUCAGAUGCUUGCGCAAAAGAAGACGCAAUUGCCUUAGCAUCAUUAUUCCAGGAAAUUGUCAAAUCCACGUUCGAAGGUCGGAUGUCAGCUGUAGAAGCUGGGGCAUUGGUGAAAGAGAUAACAGGUCAAAGGACGCUUACAACCACCACAGGACAGGAUUCAGCACCUUCUACAUUCAAUAGACACACCAUAUUCCUCGAUACCCUUUCAAUUCUCACGGAUUCUGACUCCUCGCACCCAAGCCUACGCUCUUUUGUCUUUGCUACUGGAAUUUCCCCGUCUCUUAUGAGACUUCAACUCGAUACUCCUCUUCUGCAAGCUCUCGGCUUGAUUAGAGACACAUUUGGUCGUAUGGGAAUUCGGAAACAGACCAAUAUUCUAUAUCGCCAAUCGAACUACAACUUGUUACGAGAAGAGUCAGAAGGCUAUUCCAAGCUACUGACUGAGCUAUUUACAACAAGUAACAAUGAACCGCCAACAGGUCAUGUUAUUGAAGACACAUUUGAAAGAGUGAAAGCCAUGAUUGGCGCCUUUGAUAUGGAUGUUGGAAGAGUUCUGGACGUGACUUUAGAUGUGUUUGCCGCCGUUCUGGUCAAACAGUACAGAUUCUGCGUCAAAUUUCUUCGCGUCAGUUCGUGGUGGCCUAAAGACAGUGACAGUAUAGGUAGUAGAGUAGGCCUAGGGCUGCCAAAAUGGGCAUUACCCGGCUCCCCUGGAUGGUCAGCCACUGAUAAAGAACGAGAAGAGGUCCUCCAGCUAAAUGAGCAUAGGGAUCAUAUGUUUUGGGAUAGAGUACGAGCAGUCGGCAUCAAAGCAUUUUUUGAAAUUGGACACCAGCUGGCAUGCGAUUUUAACAAUGACCGCGGUCGUGAUUCAGAAAUAGACCCGGCAGCGCAAGAAUGGAUAAUAAAAACAGGCACUUUGCCUCCCAAGGGAAACAAAGUCGCCGCACAGCUACUUGGUUUCAAAUUACGGUUCUAUUCGUCCAAUGCUCGAAACGCAAAUGAUACUUUGCCCGAUAACUUGAUUUAUCUAGCCGCGUUGCUCAUAAAAGUUGGGUUUAUAUCUCUUCGAGAUUUAUAUCCCCAUCUAUGGCGACCAGACGAGGAUAUGGACAUUCUCAAGGAGGAAAAAAUGAAGGAGAAAACCGAAAGAGAGAAGGCUGGCCGCCGCGGUGCGUCCACGAUGAACGCGUUAAUGACAGCUGGUGCUUUGGCUGAUGAUACUUUGCCUCUUCCCCCAAGAAUUCGUGGCCUGGAAACGAGAUCUGCAACACCAGUAAAAGAGAAUGAGUCUGACAAAGAUAAAACUGUGCCUCCAAAAGCUGAAGAAACAGAGCAAUUACCAGAGCCAGCUGACCAGAAGGUGUUACUGCUAAAGAGUUUGUUGACCAUUGGCGCUCUCCCUGAGUCCCUCUAUAUCCUUGGCCGCUUUCCUUGGCUGCUCGAUGGUUACCCCGAACUCCCUGAAUACAUUCACCGAAUUCUCCAUUACUGCUUGCAUAAAGUGUAUCGGUCAGUACAGCCAUUGGCAGCACGAACGGCGUUGAAAGACUGCAAAAAGGUUGUUGCAUCAGAACAGGGCUCUGUGUCCCGAGAAUGGGUGCGACUUUCUGACGCCAGUCCUCGAAGGAUUUUACGCUGGGCACAGUUGGAUAAAGAAGAUACGAACGACGGAACAGAUUACCGGUUCUACUGGGAUGAUUGGACGGAUAUUAUACCUGUCUGCCAAUCUGUCGAUGAUGUAUUUGCAUUGUGUGGUACCUUUUUGAACUUAUCUGGAGUUAAAAUCGGACUGGACCCCAGUUUACUGUUAAAGCUAGCUCGAAUCGGAAAACAUAGUUUAACAGAUGACCAGUCACAAUCGAAUCGAACUCGAUGGAUCGAUCUCUGCAAGCGCCUAUUAGUUCCCGCACUGAGUUUAACGAAGAUGAACCCUGGAGUCGUCAAUGAAAUCUUCGAAUUGAUUAGCCAAUUUCCCCAGCAUGUGAGGUUCUCUUUCUACGCUGAAUGGCAUUUUGGACAAGUUUCCCGGCUGCCUGACAUAAAAUCUGCCUUCGACCAGGCGAGAUUUGAGACCAAGGAUGCUUUAAAACGACUAAGCAAAACAAAUGUUCGGCCAAUGGCAAGAGCACUUGCAAAGAUUGCAUACGCCAAUCCCGGAAUCGUUGUUAACGUUGCUAUCAGUCAGAUUGAAUCAUAUGAGAACCUGAUCGAAGUGGUUGUGGAAUGCGCGAGAUACUUCACUUAUCUCGGGUACGAUAUCUUGACAUGGUCGUUGAUCAAUUCCCUUGGCCAAAAAGGGCGAAAUAGGAUGCAAGAGAGCGGCCUAUUAACUAGUAGGUGGCUGAAUUCACUGGCCUCUUUUGCUGGAAGAGUCUUCAAAAGAUACUCAAAUAUCAUGAACCCCGUUCCAGUUCUUCAGUAUGUUGCUGAACAGCUACGCCAAGAUAAUGCUACCGACCUCAUUAUCCUAGAACAAAUGAUUAGUUCUAUGGCCGGAAUUGUUACAGAUACCAACUUUAAUGAUGCCCAAGUUCAGGCAAUGGCCGGUGGUGAAGUUUUACAGUCCCAAACUAUGCUGCAAUUGCUGGAUAAACGCCAUGAAUCCAAAACGACAUCUAAACGUCUGAUGAAAGCGCUUACCGAUUCUAAGCUAGCGGGUCAGCUCCUGAUUGCCAUUGCGCAGGAACGCGUUACUUGUGUCUUCAAAGAGACCGAGGCAGAUGCUGAACUGAAGCUCCUUGGUAAUAUAUUCGAUGAAAUUCACCGCAUCCUGACGCAGUAUCUGGAUGUUCUUCGAAGUAAUUUCACCGUCGAUGAGUUCGACCGUUUCGUUCCUGACGUUACCUCUCUUAUUGGCGAGUUUGGAAUUCAAACCGAACUUGCAUUUUGGAUUUCACGUCCUAGUAUUGCACACCGAAUGCUUGAAUUUGAUAAGCAGAGGAGCGAAAACCUUUCGAAGAAGAUAGAGUCCGACAACGCAACUACCCACAAGAUCUCCGAUGACGACGUACAAAUGGGCGAUGGGAAUUCUGCCGAGAAACCCGCAAAAUCAGACUCAGGAGACUUCAUCGUUGAGUCGACCCAUGGAGAAGGACAAAAGGACAGUCCUGAAACACGGAACACUUCUUCGAUAUUGAAUUCAAUCGAAAACCAUACACCUUGGCACCCUGUUUUGGAGGAGAUGAUGUCCAAGAUGAGGUCUACUUUGCCAAAUGAACUAUGGGAAGUCGUAGGCCUACCGUUCUACACUACUUUCUGGCAGCUAUCGCUCAAUGAUAUAUAUGUUCCUCAAAAAUCCUACGAAGAUGAACUUGAGCGUUUGAAAAAAAGGGUUAUUGCCAUUUCUAGUGAUCGUGCCGAUAUUAGCUUGGCUGGCUCUCAGAAAAAGGAGAGGGAGAAGAAGCAAGUGAAUGACCUACACAACCGUAUUCUUCUUGAACAUAAACAUCAUGUUAAGGCGUUUUCGCAUACCCGUGGUCGACUUCAUAAGGAGCGAGAAAAAUGGUUUAUUGGCAUGAGAUCCAAACCUGAUAUCCUUAACAUCGCAAUCAUCCAGCAAUGUUUGCUUCCUCGGCUUUUAUUGUCUCCUGUCGAUGCCCUGUACAGCUUUAAGAUGCUGAAGUAUCUCCAUUCUUCCGGAACUCCGAAUUUCAGAACUCUUGGACUACUGGAUAAACUUUUUAAUGAUAAAAGGAUGGCUAGCAUUAUAUUUCAGGCCACUUCGAAAGAAGCAGACAACCUGGGGAGAUUUUUAAACGAGGUACUGCGUGAUCUAAGUCGGUGGCAUGCAGACAAAGCUAUCUAUGAAAAGGAGGCGUAUGGCGCCAAACGAGAUCUGCUCGGCUUUACCUUAAAUAUUGAUUCAGACGGCAAACCACACGUGUUUUUCGAGUAUGAGAAUUUUCGACGAAUUCUGUAUAAGUGGCAUCGAUUGUUUGGUGCAGCAUUAAAGAUGUGUCUUACCGGUGGCGAAUAUAUGCACAUCCGCAACGCAAUUAGUGUAUUAAAAGCUGUUGUUCAGCAUUUUCCAGCUGUCAACUGGAUUGGGGCGGACCUGCUAACGGCUGUCAAUAACCUAAAAAGGUCCGAUCCUCGUGAUGACGUGAAGAUUCCGGCGGCGUCGUUGAUCGGGGAUCUCCGCAAAAGGGAGAAAAAGUGGCUUCUUCCACAGGCCUUUAUGCUUGCGGCCCCUUCCGAUCACCGAACAAAGUCAGGGACUCCCCAACCUCGCUCUACAACGCCUAAACCUCUAAAUGCAACAGCACCUAGCUUUGUCCCCCCCACUGUUCUUACAAAAGCGACGAACGACGAAGCCAAGCCCGCCGAUGUUGAGGAUGGUGAGGUUCACGACGGAAAAAUGGACCUCAACAAGACUGGCCCAAUUGAAAAGCCACCCUCCCCCUACCAUCUCUCUCCUAAUUUAACAAGUCUCCCUGAGCCAGCUGCAACCGAGAACGUCGCGACUGAGACCACUAAACAGAAAUAUGACGGCAAUAAUCAACCAGCCACGGACCCUUCAGCAAGUCAUUUGGAAUCAGUGAACCGCCUGGAAACGAAAGGCAAUGAAGAUGAAAACGCUCACCCCAAACCUUCUUUGGAUGCCAAGCCAAACCUGGCAGCUGGUUCAGAGCCUAUUCAAUCUGCAAGUGUUACCAUGCCGAGUGAGGGUGGCCGUCGUUUUGCCGACAUUCCUCAUCGACAGCCACCUAAAAAUUUACCAAACAAACCCGAAACGCGCCCGUAUCGAGAUGGUCGAACACCCACAAAGCCGUCCGAUAUUCUUGACAGACGAGACAAUAUAGUAGAUACUCGUGACCUAAAAUACCACGAUCACGUAAGAUAUGGCCCGCACAAUCGUCAGGACCUGAGCAACGACUCAAUAGCCCCCAGUCGAUCCACUGACGAUUGGGAUCGAAGGGAGCCACCUCGCUCGGAUAGAGAUUUUAGCCGUCACUUACUGCUAGAUGACCAUUCUAGCAGACAUGCUCCCCUCCGCGAUCAUGAACGCCCAGAUAGGUCAAAUAGAAACAGAUUCGAUCAGCUUGAAGUCCAGCAUUCGCCUUAUCGUCAAUCCCGGGAUGACGGACAUCCAUAUCGCUUAUCUGCCGUACAGCCAUUUCAUGAAGGGAAAGGAGAAACAGGGCGAGAGCUCCAACGACCUGAUCCUUCAAGAACUCAGCCCGACGAUAGGAGGCGACACUCUUCCCAACCUCCAACACCUCCAAGAGGCGACGAGAGCCACAGACGGCCAGAAAGGGGAGACGAACACCGUGAUACCAGAAAAGGUACCACGUCGUCAGCUCGCCCUGAAGACGCGCCUCUUGGGCCAAGAGGCGAUCGAGUUCUGCCUGGUAGCUCUGAGAGUCGACCCCAAACAAAUUUUCCUCGCAGUGCUAAAGAUCAUCGCCCAAGCCGUCCGCCCUUUGACCCUAACUAUGGUCGCUUGAACCAGGACUCUAAGUAUAGCCGAGCAACGGAGCCGUUUGAUCGCUCUUCGGACAUUCCAUCUGGUCCGAGGCGGGCCCUAUCAGGCCGCGGAGGGCGAAGCAUCCCUACACCGCCUCAGGUCCCAUCCUCCUUACGUUCUGAUAGACCUCCUCCUACGGGUCCAUCGGCUUGGUCGACCUCAAGACAUGGACAGCAUCAGGACCAAUCUUCUGCUGGUGUUCCUCCCAGCCCCGGCGCUACUCCGACUCUGGAUACUUCUGGCAUUCAUCCGGAUAGGCUACGGGCUCUUCAGAGCAGCACGGAGCGCUCUUAUGGACCAAGCAGUCAGGAGCGGCAGCAGCAACCACAACAACAACAACAACCGCCUUCCCCUGCGCCUAUGUCAGCACCUUCUGGCCCUCGAGGUGUUGCAGCACCCGGUCCAUCCCCCACACGGCCUUCAAUGCCUGGGCCAUCAAUCACGGCCGUGGUGCCACGGGUAGAUAAGAGAUUUGCGGACUUGAAUAAUAGGUUGCAAGAAGGCUCUGGUUUUUCGGAAAGAGGAGGCCAAGGCACUACGAUUCGAGGACGAGGUGGUGUUGGUCGGCAGAGCAACUCGGUCAACGCUCCAUCCCCGCAAAAUUCUGCACUACAUGGAGACUCGUCAGCACCAGGCAGCAUGACUUCUGGUUUAGGAAAGCCCGAAUUAUUUCCCUCACGAACAGGCGGAGCGCCCCAGCAUUCAUCUCCCCGCCAUGCCCCAGAUGACGAAUUACGUAGAGCUGGGCGUUCUGGGCGUAGGAGUGAAAUCGUUGAAGAAGCUGCUUUACAAACACGAUAUUCUCCCCACCGUACUUCCAGCGGUACCCAUACUCCAGAGCGUGGUUUGGACCAGGGUCCAGAUCGUGUCAAUGAAAGGGGACGUGAACGACGUCGACAUGGUGACGACGAUGGUGUCAGACGGAAUGAUAACAAAAGGGAGGAUUAUAGAGAACGGCCGCGGGAAAGGGAAAGCGAUCGCGACCGUGACCGUGAGAGGGACAAAGAUAAUAAAGAUCGUGAUCGUGAGAAUAAUAGAGAGUUUGAUCGGGACCGCGAUCGCAGUCAUGGUAACAAUGAACAGAUCGAGGGCAAAGAUGAUAUGCGACAUUCAAGAGAGUCUUCAUCAAGAAGAGCUAGCCUACUAGAUGGUGCUGAAAACCAGUUGAUGGGACGAAGUAGAAGAGAAAAGCGCGAUCGCCAGGAUGGCCCUAGCUUUCACGGCGGUGCUCCAUUUGAACCUUUACGGCGCAUGCCAGGUAGUAAGCCUGGAUCUCAUAACCUGCCACUACCUCCGGUUCCCCCGCCUCCUCCUCCUCCUCCUCCCCCCCCUGCACCCAACGAGCGUAGAUGGCCUAGGAAUGAUGAUCGUCCAAGAGAGCGUGAACGUGACCCGCACAACCGCGAGAGAGAUCGGGAUCGUGAGAGGGAUCGAGAUCGGGAGCGCAGAGAUACAGGGAGCAUGAGCCGCGUUGGAAAUAGCAGAGAGGACGUCGGGCCUGGGCCUGGAGCUACAGGAACAUGGCCAAGAAAGCGCGUACGUGGUGCUACUGGGAAUGUGGAGGAGGGUCAGGAACAAAUUGGGCCGAUGAGAGUGGCGAGUGAGAGCAAGAGACAGAGGAGAUGA